CAGGUUUUGACAUUGUCAGGGGAGUCCAAAAUACUCAGGGAAGAUUUUAGAGAAAAUUUCAGAAGGAAAGCUAAGUUAGAAGGGAAGGUGGUAUUCUGACUUGAAGCUGCAUCACUGUGAUUGGCUCUGUCAUUUAACAGCAGGCCCUAAUAUUACCUUUUCCUGCUAUCUGCUCACUGCAGAGUAUGGCUUCCAUUUUGCCUGCUUCUAAUAGAUCCAUGAGACCUGACAAGAAUACAUAUGAGAGGAAAAGGUCUGUGUAUGUUAAGAAUCCAUACCUGGAUGCCAUGGAUGAAGACAUUCUCUAUCACUUGGAUUUAGGAACCAAAACACACAACCUACCAGCAAUGUUUGGAGAUGUAAAGUUUGUCUGUGUUGGUGGGAGCCCGAACAGAAUGAAGGCAUUUGCACAGUUUAUACACAAGGAACUCUGUUUGGAGGGAGAUGGAGAAGACAUUGAAGACAUCUGCGCGGGGACAGACAGAUACUGCAUGUUCAAAACAGGCACUGUGCUCUCUCUCAGUCACGGGAUGGGCAUCCCCUCCAUUUCUAUUAUGCUCCAUGAACUCAUCAAAUUACUCCACCACGCACGCUGCUGCGAUGUUACCAUCAUCAGGAUUGGAACGUCAGGGGGAAUUGGGAUUGCACCAGGGUCUGUUGUAAUAACAGAUACAGCUGUAGACUCCUUCUUCAAGCCUCGGUUUGAGCAGAUCAUCUUGGAUAACGUGGUCACCCGAAGCACUGAGCUUGACAAAGAACUGGCUAACGAUUUGUUCAACUGUAGCAGAGAAAUCUCCAACUUUCCAACCCUCAUCGGACACACGAUGUGUACCUACGACUUUUAUGAAGGCCAAGGUCGCCUCGAUGGAGCGUUAUGCUCCUUUUCGAGAGAGAAAAAGCUAGAUUACUUGAAGAGAGCAUACAGAGCGGGAGUCAGGAACAUCGAAAUGGAAUCGACGGUGUUUGCAGCCAUGUGUGGACUGUGUGGCCUGAGAGCUGCUGUGGUCUGUGUGACACUUCUUGACAGACUCGAGAGUGACCAAAUCAAUUUGUCCCAUGAUGUCCUGGUGGAGUACCAGCAACGACCACAGCUCUUGAUCUCAAAUUUCAUCAAAAAGCAACUUGGACUUUGUGACUAGAUAUCAUAACUCUGAACCCCUCCCCUCUCCUGCGAGUCAGUACAUAGAGCUGCAACAAUGGAGCCGUGUGUUGAUUAUAAGAUUUUUGUGUAAUUCUCAUCCUUGGGCUAAAAUCAUAAAAGAUAUUUUAUGAAAUCUUUUAUCUUAAAGUUCAAUUUAUUGUAAGAGAAUGUAAUACCCGUGUGAAAUUAAGUUCAAAUUCCAUUUUGGAAUGAGUUAGCUAAAGCAGUCUAAUAAUUAAUAUUUUAAACUCAUGAAAUGUGACAUUUGGAGUUUCACAUGUAGCAUUAAUUAAGCUUACAUCAAAAUAGAUGAGCCAUUUGUAGAUGGUUCCCAGUUGCUUGCUGAAGCAGAUCCAGAAGUGUAUGUUAGGAUGGUGUCAGCACUUCUAGGUGUUGGACAAGUGACAAAAAUUGAUCAUGCACAUUCAAAAUAUUUACAAAAAUGUGUCAGUGUAAUAUAGACCAGUGUGGAAGAAUUAUCCUUGGGGAAAUAUGGCAAUCCCUUUUCUCCUGUCCCUGUGCAGUUUCAGUAUACACAGAAUUGAAUUAGAGGCAUAUGAAUGUAUGUUCUGUGAGAAUCACAGAACAUCACAGCUUGAGAUUACACUUUUUUUUUUCAAAUGAAAACCAUCGGUAAUGCAAAGACAUUUGUUUCCCAUUCCCCACCCCGAAAUCAUAAGUGACUCAAUUGCCUUCUCAUAAUCAUUUUAUUUCUAUAAGGAAUUAUGUCAUGAGAAAACUAUAUUCAUUGCUUCAGUAAGAACUGAAUAAUCUGCAGAAUUAGUUAACAACCAAAUUUAAACUCAAAAUCAAGACAGUGACAGAAUCUGUCUGUCUAACUUCAAGGCAGGUCUCCUUCAGAGCCUGCACCUAACCCUUCCCUGGUUGACCUUGAGAGGCUGCAAUGCAGCAGAGGCUCCAGGAGUUGACCCACCUUCGAGGUUCUUUUGAACAUUUAGAAAUUGGAGAGACUGGUUAGGGUAAGAGUGGAGGAGGUCUUGCACACUUGUAUAGUAUAUAAUGUUGUGUGUGUAUAUAUAUAUGUAUAUUUAUAUGGUUAUGGAAUGAAUAAAAUGUAUCUCUCACCAUGCUGCUGAAA